AUGGGGUGUGUGAUUAGCAGAGAAGCGUCCUCAGGAGUAGAUUCUGAGUCUAAGGGUGAGAAGAAGGAUUUGAGUGUAGAAUCUAAGAGGAAGGUAGAUGAUGUUGUGGUGCCGAAGGUAGAUAGUGAAACUAUUGAGGUUCAUGAUGGUGGGGGUGAGGCUCAUGUGGGUGGGGGUGAGGCUAAGAAGGAGGAGAAUGGUCAUGGAGGUCAAAGACCUCCCAGGGGGGAGAGAAGGCGGUCAAAGCCAAACCCAAGGUUAGGUAAUCUACCGAAGCAAUCGCGUGGUGAGCAGGUGGCAGCCGGGUGGCCCCCCUGGCUCACGGAGGCGUGCGGGGAGGCGCUCAAUGGGUGGAUUCCACGGAAAGCAGACACGUUUGAGAAAAUUGAUAAGAUUGGGUCAGGAACAUAUAGUAAUGUGUACAAAGCUAAAGAUAUGUUGACGGGGAAAAUUGUUGCACUAAAGAAAGUUAGAUUUGACAAUUUGGAACCCGAGAGCGUGAGAUUUAUGGCUAGAGAAAUCCUAAUUUUGCGGAGACUGGAUCAUACGAAUGUUGUAAAGUUGGAGGGUCUGGUUACAUCGAGGAUGUCAUGUAGUUUGUACCUGGUGUUUGAGUACAUGGAGCAUGAUCUAGCUGGACUUGCUGCAAGCCCAGAUAUUAAAUUUACAGAACCUCAGGUCAAAUGUUACAUGCAUCAACUGCUAUCUGGACUUGAGCACUGUCACAACCGUGGUGUGCUUCACCGUGACAUUAAGGGAUCAAAUCUUUUGAUUGACAACGGAGGAGUACUUAAGAUUGCUGACUUUGGGUUGGCUUCUUUUUUUGAUCCAAACCACAAGCAUCCCAUGACUAGUCGGGUGGUUACUCUAUGGUAUCGACCUCCUGAGCUUCUUCUUGGGGCUACUGACUAUGGUGUGGGCGUGGACCUUUGGAGUGCAGGUUGCAUUUUAGCAGAGUUACUAGCUGGGAAGCCUAUCAUGCCUGGUCGUACAGAGGUGGAGCAACUACAUAAGAUAUACAAACUAUGUGGCUCACCUUCAGAUGAAUAUUGGAAAAAGGCAAAGUUGCCCAAUGCAACUCUAUUUAGGCCCCGGGAGCCUUACAAAAGAGCCAUAAGAGAGGCAUUUAAAGAGUUUCCUCCAUCAUCAUUGCCCCUUAUCGAAACCCUUCUCGCAAUUGAUCCAGCAGAACGUCAGACAGCCACAGCUGCAUUGAGCAGUGAGUUUUUCAUGACAGAGCCUUAUGCUUGUGAACCUUCUAGCCUCCCACAGUAUCCCCCAACCAAAGAAAUUGAUGCCAAACGCAGGGAUGAUGAAGCUCGUAGACUUCGAGCUGCUGGUAGAACCCAAGCUGAAAGUGCAAAGAAAACACGCACACGUGAACGUGCUCCUAGGGCUAUGGCUGCUCCAGAAGCCAAUGCCGAGCUUCAAUCCAAUAUUGACAGAAGGCGCCUAAUUACACAUGCAAAUGCAAAGAGCAAAAGCGAAAAGUUUCCUCCACCACACCAGGAUGGGGCAGUUGGCUACCCUUUGGGAUCUUCACAUCAUAUUGAUCCUGCCCUUGUUCCUCCUGAUGUCCCUUUCAGUACAACCUCAUUCAGUUAUCCUAAAGAAUCAAUGCAAACUUGGUCAGGUCCUUUGAUUGACUCUACUACUGCUGGUGGUCCAAGACGGAAGAAACAUACCGGACAUGAUGCCCGAGAAACAUCAAAAUCCUAUACAGGAAACCAUAGAGAGAAACAUCAGGAUGCUCGUGUUCGAGGAAAGAGAAGUGUGGCUUAA